GCGAUAAAGUUUUUAACCGAAUAUACCGAAUGUGCCGGCGUUCCGGUUUCACAGGUCUAUCUGUUACGAUGUGAAACGUUCGUGUUCAAUGGAGUAAGGUGGUACGACCGAUUGUUAGAGGCGUCAUUGGAAACGUCGUUUUAAUUGUAGUACGGUAUUUAUGUGUCAAUAAAAUUCUGAAAAAACGAUACAUACUUGGUAAACUUCUAGCCAGCGAACGAAAUACAUUUAUAGAAUAUGAGACGCAAAAGUGAAAGAAACAAAGCAAAAGCAGGGUCUCCAGAGAAAGAGGUUGAACGAGUAACACGAAAAUCAACUCGAAAAUGUGCGAAACAAGCAUCUUCAACAUCCUUAGAGCAAGAGAAUGUUGAGGAAACAACAAAAAGUUUGAGCAAUAAAAUCACGGAAAAGAAGUCAGCACAUAUACAGAAAAAGGAAGUGGAACAAUUAGAAGAACAAAAUGAAAAAGUUUUGUCUAUUGAGGCAGAUGUUAAGACCAGAUCGCAAGAAGAUGAAGAAGACAACAAUUCUGGAUCAAUCUGGAAAGUGUCAAGAUCCGAUGCAUCACCUGGCGAGAUACAGAGAUUAAAAUUAUCUAGACAGCAUAAUACAACAGAAGGGUUAUCUGAUACUUCUUUAAAUAGGAAAAAAUCGAACAAGUGGCAGGAAAGUGGUGAGGGAGUUGCAGAGGAGGUUGACUCGGCAGACAAGCAACUGGUUUCUUCUACAAGAGUACCCAGUAGCACUGAACAGCCGAACGAUCCCUCCUCUUCAUACCCAGGUCAGGACUCCAACGAAGAGGUAAGUGAUAGCAAGGAGAUCCUGCCUGAAACCACUUCAGCCAACUUGUCUGACGAUAAACCAAACAUAGAUCAGCAAGGUGAAUCAAAUGAGGCAAAUUACUCCAACGAAAACGCUGAUAGUAAACCCAUUAAGUCGACUAGUACAACUAUAUUGGCUCCUAGUUCAAAUGGUAAUCAUUCAUCCGAGGAGACAAACAUUAUGCCCAAGGAAGAAAAAUCUGUGGAAGAUACUAGUGAAAAGACAGUGGAAGCAUUUAAUAAAGAAACUAGUGUUGAAAACACUCAAAGAGAUUCAAGCAGUGACGAGGAAGAAGAUAAAAAGGAAAAAGUUCGUGAGCUAAAUUCAUCAUCCGAAUCAAAUGAUGAAAUUCAUACUAAAAGUAAUAGAACUGGUGGCAGGAUACAAAGUGCCAGUCGCAGAAAACAUCGAACUAAAUAUCGAGAUUCAUCUAAUUCUGAUACACCAGAUUCUGAGGAUGAACCUUCUAUUAAAAGAGAUCUUGAAAUUGAUGUAUGUAUGCAAGAAGAGAAAAUAAGUACAGAGGAUUCCCACGAACAGAAAGAUCAUACUGAGUCACCAAAAGCAAGGAAUAAUUUUUUAUUAAAUAACAUGGAAAUGGAAAUAGAACAUUGUGAAGCAAAUAAACAAAAGUUAGACAAUCUAGUUGAUAAAUCAGAAUAUACUGCAUCAGUAACAACUCAGUUGGUGACUUACAAACCCGUGAAAGUAAAUUUAAAAAGAUCAUUUUCUUCGAGAAUGUUAACAGAAAAGAAUGAUGUUAAAAAAGAAGAUACUGAUGCAAAUGCAAAUAAUGAAGCAAGUGCUCCAAAUAAGGAAAAUCACGACAACACCGAACCAGAUUCCAAAUGUGUUCCGAGAAAGCGUCGAUGGGGUACUGCAUUAUCUACUGACACCGCACCUUCGUUUUCAAUUUCUACGGAUUCACUUAAAGCGUUGGUGCCAGGAGCAAGACCAUUGUCGAUAAAUGAGGUUCGUCUUUCAAAAGAUGACGAUGAAGACAGAGAUCGUUAUCGAGUUAGCGAAAAGUGGCACAAUUCUAAUGAAGGAAUAAAUGAUAAUAAGUCUGGUGACGAAAAUAUCAUGCAAAAGAAUGGUGCAACAAAAAAGGGAGACCCAAAGAUAGAUAAUCAUAUAGCAGCAAGGCGUAAGAUAUCGAUUGUUAAAGAAGUGCCACAUGUCAAAUCUCCAAGUCCACCUGCUACGAAGCCCACAAAUAUCCUUCUGAUCAAAAACUUGGUUCGUCCGUUUACUUUGAAUCAAAUUAAAGAACUUCUGUCGCGUACUGGCACAAUUGUCGAAAAUGGAUUUUGGAUGGAUCGAAUUAAAUCCAAGUGUUUUGUAGAGUAUGCUAACGAAGACCAGGCAUUUGAGACGAGGCAAGCGUUACAUGGUAUAUCCUGGCCAGUUUCAAACCCAAAGAGGCUUCAUGUUGAAUAUGCAACCAAAGAUGACAUGGAAUUAGCACGCGAAUUGUCAAAGGAUCAGUCCAUCCCAAGAAAAACUGAACCUCUCGUACCGUCUGAUUCAUGGCAGCAGGAUUGGAAUCGCGAAGAAAGAACGAAUACAAAGGUGAUGGUAGUUCGAGAAUGGGAUCUUGGUAAAGAAGAUGGACAACAGCAUAUAAAAGAAAAAGAACGUGAAAAGAAAGAACAUGAUAAAAAAAGACGACAGAGGAGUCGGAGUCCAGCAGUGGAAGCACAUCUUCCAGCUCCAGCUCGUAAAUUUAAAAAGAAAGAGGAUGAGCCACCACCGGCUAAGCUUUUAGAUGAUCUCUUUAGAAAAACGAAAGCAACGCCAUGCAUAUACUGGUUACCACUCACAAAUGAACAGAUAGUCGUAAAAGAAGAAAUGAGAAGGCAACAUAUGGCAGAACAUGCACGCAGAUUAGAAGAGAUGAGACGCGCUGAAAGAAACAACAGGGACGGUCGUCGCCGUCGCAGCCCAAGAAAAUAGUUCUCUGAUCGACCACUUUCUAUAAACGUACCUUUCCCUCUCUGAUGCAAAAGUUCCAAUUUUGAUCAGUUAUAUUUUUAAGAAAGAUGUUAUAGAUCACGAAAAGACGAACGAAUUUUUCCUUUUUACAUUAGAGAGAGACUUGCCGAAGAUGCUUUUUAAAAAUUUUCCUUUAUCAAUUGUUCCACAAUUAGCAGCCCGUUUUUAUGAUUAAUGAUUUAACAAUGUCAUGUUAGAGUUUGUGUUUUUUGUUCUUCCACACUUUUUUCUUUUUUUUUUUAAAUUUAGAAAACUUCUGUUUCACGUGAGAACGUAAUUUGUAUUAUUCCUUUUCUCUUGUUCUGAUACCAAUCUCGCGUAUUUAUUUCUCUGUUUGAUUUCAAUUUGUUCAAUCGUUAAUUUUCAUUCAUUGGUCAGAAACUGUACAAAUUUGUUGCAUGAUCAAGAAACGUCCCGAUCUCCGAUCCAUUCUCCCCGAAAUUUCAGCAUUAAACCAUACUUCUUACAGGUCGACAUUAACUAUUCAACAGAGCGCUGUAACUGUAGAACGAACGGUAGUGUUUGCAUCGUCUAGGAGUGAUACAUCACGUUCUACGAUACGUCGUAGUGCGAUAUCGCAAAACGUGCCCUGGGGAAUCGAAGGAUAAUCAAACGAAAAAACUAUCUACAUAGAGAAAAAACGCUCGGAACGAAUUUAGCAUUCGUGAUCGUUGAAAAACGCUAUUUGUUUUCUUACGAGAAAAUAAAAAACGAAACGAAACAAAAAAAAAUUAAUGCUGGGGCGAGAUGCUGAAAGCAGCAGCGAACAAAAAAGUCCAAAAUAAGGAUGCUGAGAGACUGUGAUUCAUUAAUAUGAAGUCGUCCUAAAGCGUCAAUGGGAGUGUUUUUCUCUCCCCUGAAUCUAUCUCUCUUUUCGUCUCUGUCGGUAGAAUAGCCUGACUUCCUUGAAUUUUGACAUGUACUGCCACAUAGAUAGUGGUAGUAAAAUGUAAAGUUUUGGUGUUUCUCGUUUUCGCGCAAUGAAUUUGCACAGCCAGAAACACGUUUGUAUAUAAAGCAUAAUUCAAUACGCCGUGAUAUGACAUGUAAAAUUAUGAAUAAAUGUAAAACAUUGUAGGUUAUAUACGAAAAGUAUAUCUACCGCUUACUUUGUACAAUGUCAUACCAUAUUUAGAAGAUUUGUUAUUCACCCUUGAAAUAAGAUCGAAAGAUUUACGAAGAAGAAGCGAAAGAAAAAAAA